AUGAGCCUGGAGCCCCCCAAGCUGGAGCUCAAAUCCGCCACCAGGGUGACCGGGGGUCCUGCCACCCCCCGCAAGGGACCCCCCAAGUUCAAGCAGAGGCAGACGAGGCAGUUCAAGAGCAAACCCCCCAAAAAGGGGGUGCAGGGGUUCGGUGAUGACAUCCCAGGCAUGGAGGGGUUGGGAACAGACAUCACUGUCAUCUGUCCCUGGGAAGCCUUCAGCCACCUGGAGCUGCACGAGCUGGCUCAGUACGGAAUCAUUUAG